AUGACCCUUAUUCACUCCGACUGCGAGCUUCGUUUGUCUGCACACACAUCCAGGCUGGAGCCUAGCGAGGUGGACUGGGGCGACGGCUUCCUGCUGGUCGUGUCCCUCACGAGCCCGGAGUCGGUGCGCGCAGCCGAGCUCAUGCAUGCCUGGUUGCAGGACAGCGCACCGGGAAAACCCCUGGCGUUGGCAGCUACUAAAAGGGACCUUGUACAGGCUCGGGCCGUCAGUUCGCACGAGCUGGCGGAGCUCGCCGAGAGGUGGCACUGCGCCCUGUACGAGACGGCCGCCACGGGAGAUUACGAGGACGUGGCCCGUCCAUUCCUCGAGCUGGCGCGGCGGGCGAGGACGCUCAAGUCGCGCAGGCAGCUGUUCCCAAACAUGGAGCCGGUGUCGCCGCCGCCGGGCGUCGACGGUUCCAAGAGACCUUACAGGGCGAGGCAGCUCACCAAGUGACUCAGACAGAACGGACGCGGCGGCCUUCCGGAUCGAGCGAACGCCAAGCAAUGCUCGGUCCGGGAAUGCUUUCGAACCGCAGACGCUGAGUUAUCGCCUGAACGAGCUUCAUUCCUCCGUCCCAGACCCACACGAAAGUCCAAGCGAUACCUGGAGCACCUUGUGUCCAUAAAGGAAUUGAAAGGACCACGGCCUGGUUUCUGGUUGUUGUAUAGCGGUGUUUUUAAUUCAA